AUGACCAGCGUACAACGGGUGUCCUUCAGGGUCCUACAGAUGAACCUGAACCACUGUUGGACGGCGCAACAACUGCUACAACAAACAAUGGCAGAGCGCUCAGUGGACCUGGCUAUCAUCAGCGACUACCAUAGGGCAGCGAGCGACGUACAACACUGGGUUUCCAGUACGGAUGGUAAGUGCGCCGUUCUCCUAAAUCGUAGUUCAAACGCGGCUAUCUCUGCCACUGGAUGUGGUUUCGGCUUUGCGUGGGUCAGAAUUGGGGCUGUGGCUCUUUAUAGCUGCUAUUGCACACCCAACUGCUCGAACGAUGAGUUCGAUACCUUUCUCUGUGGCCUAGAAGCAUCCAUCCGUAAUGCACAAGCUGCAAGCGCGGACAUCGUUGUAGCCGGCGAUUUCAACUCGCACUCCGCAGAAUGGGGAUCCGCUAGCGAAGACCUUAGAGGCGCCCUGUUAUCUAACUUUGCCGCCGCGCUCGACCUGUUAGUGUGCAAUGAGGGGACAACACCGACUUACCACCGGGUAAACGCCAGCUCGGUAAUUGACGUCACCUUCGCUCGAACGAGCCGUAGAGAGCAACCCUUGGUUACCGACUGGACCGUAUUAUCCGAGAUCAACUCAGCCAGCGAUCACGACUACAUCGAGUUUAUGGUAAACGAUUCUAGAGGGAGCCACCACAACCCGUUCAGGAGACCCGAAACAGCGUCUGGCUGGGCUGUCAAGAAACUCUCCACAGAAAAACUGUCGGAAUAUUGGAAUGAGUGUGGACAGCCGUCUAUACUGGACAACGCCAAUGCCGACGACCACGCCGCGCAACUCCAGAAGUUUUUGUUUGAUGCCUGCGAGGCAGCAAUGCCAUGCAGAACCGUCUUCAAAGGGAGAAGAGCGAUGCAUUGGUGGAGCGAUGCAAUCGCGGUCCUACGAGCGGAAACAAUAGCCGCCCGCAGACAAUACCAACGCGCCGGCCGAAGGGCAAACCAAGACGGUAGGACCGCGGCGUUUGAGGUGUACAACCAGAAAAGGAAAGACCUUAGGACGGCCAUCAGGUGGGCGUAG